AUGGACACACCAUCUCAAUCCUCAGGCGAGAUGAUUUCGUCGCCUCGCCUGAUCUUGUUCAGUCAUGAAUUUCCAGUUGAAAGCCUUACAGACCUCUUUGGGUCCCUUCAAAGACAUAGCCGAGAAAGAAGGCUACCUCUUCUCGCCGGAUUUCUCGCCGAAUGUACAGUUGUUCUUAGGGAGGAGGUGCUAAAGCUUCCCCGCCAGUUGCAACAUACCUUGCCACCAUUCAAGUCUGUCAUGACAUUGGCAACGAACUUGGAUGAGCUUCGCAAGACACCCAUUGGAGGUGCUUGGGAAGGAGCCUUGCUUUGUGUGCUCGAGCUAGCAAUGUUCAUUGGACACUAUGAAGCUCAGAAUAUUCAUUACGAGCUAGCCACCUCCGGCGAGAUAACUCUCGCUGGUAUGAGCAUAGGAUUGUUCGCAGCCGCAGCCGCAGCCACAGCAUCGUCCUUGUUUGAGCUGGCUUACACGGGUGCGGAAAGUGUUCGCGUGGCAUUUCGAUUUGGCUUACAUGUUGGGCAAAUGUCUCAAAUGCUUGAGCCUCAGAUUCCCGAUGGGUCUCGAAAAAGCUGGGCAUAUGUGGUGGCGGGCCUUACAGCAGAAAAGGUGCAAGACGCGUUAGACACCUAUAACACCGAAACACACAAUUCCGAUCUUGGUCGUGUAUGUAUCAGCCACGCGGACUCAAAUUCUGUUGGGGUGACCGGCCCUCCAUCCCGUCUUGAGGAUUUAUUCCGUCGUUCGCCAAGUCUGCGAAGUGCAAAGCACUCCUCUCUUCCCAUUUAUGGUGGUCUCUGUCAUGUUUCUCAUAUAUACAACCGCGAAGAUGUGACCGCUAUCCUGACAGGCUGUAGAGUUGCACAAGACUACUCUCGUCCUGUCUAUAUCCCACUUUUAUCGCCAAAUUCGGGACAUGCUUUUCCCGCCAGCGAUGCCGCUCGCCUGUAUGAGCUUAUCUGCACAGAAGCCUUGACUGAGCCUUUGUUUCCCGACAGACUCAGCUCGGGUAUAACCUUAGGCUUGUCAAAUUCACAGACCCUAGAGUGUGAAGUCUCCCUCUUUCAUCGAUCGAUUGUGUCCGACCAAAUUCUCGCAAAUUUGGAGACCAACCUACCGGGGGUUGUGGUCAAAAAGCACGAUUUGAUGAGUUGGUCGCAUAAAGAAGAUAUUUUUGUCGCAUCAUCGUCGGCCUCAUCACCAAAGUUGGCAAUUGUAGGAAUGGCUUGUCGUCUUCCCGGUGGAGCAAACGAUACAGAGCUUUUCUGGAAGCUUCUUAUGGACGGCCGCAAUACCUGCACGACGGUACCAGAAGAUCGAUUCGACCUGGAGACUCACUACGAUCCCACUGGAAAAUCCGACAACACAACUCAAACUCCCUUUGGAAACUUCAUUGAGCAACCUGGUUUAUUUGAUAGCGGAUUUUUCAAUAUGUCACCACGUGAGGCGGAUCAAACUGAUCCCAUGCAACGUCUCGCACUUGUGACUGCCUACGAGGCUCUGGAGAUGGCGGGGUAUGUUCCAGAUCGAACACCGUCAACAUGUAGAAAGCGUGUGGGCACUUUCUACGGACAAGCCAGUGACGAUUAUCGAGAAUCAAAUGCAGGCCAAAAGAUUGGCACAUAUGGAAUCCCCGGUGGAGAGCGUGCUUUUGGAAAUGGAAGAAUCAACUAUUUUUUUAACUUCGGCGGUCCCAGCUUCAACCUUGACACUGCUUGUUCAAGCGGCUUGGCAGCUGUGAAUGCAGCAUGCUCAUCUAUCUGGGCGGGUGAAUCAGACAUGGUAGUAGCUGGCGGGCUGAAUAUCAUAACAAACUCGGAUAUCUAUUGCAUGCUGUCAAAAGGCCACUUUCUGUCCAAAACUGGCCAGUGCAAAGUCUGGGAUAAGGAAGCAGAUGGCUACUGCCGAUCCGAUGGCGUUGGAUCGGUUGUCAUCAAGCGUCUGGAGGAUGCAGUGGCCGACAAUGAUCCUAUAAUCGCGACAAUUGUGGCCGGUGCAACUAAUCAUUCGUGCGAAGCUGUGUCCAUCACCCACCCUCACGCUGGUGCCCAGAGAGACAACUAUCGACAAGUUAUGCAGGCUGCUGGGGUCAGUCCCUUGGAUGUCAGCUAUGUGGAACUGCAUGGAACAGGAACUCAGGCAGGCGAUGCUGUUGAAUCUGAGUCUGUCGCCGACAUCUUUGCUCCUCUAACCCCGGCACGACGUGAAAAACUCAAACUUGGCGCUGUCAAGUCCAACAUUGGACACGGAGAAGCAGCCGCCGGUAUUACCUCUUUGAUCAAGGUUUUACUCGCGUUUGAGAAACAGGAGAUUCCUCGCCAUGUUGGUAUCAGAACAGAGAUAAACCCCGUGGUCAUGCAGAAUAUGCAAGAUCGGAAUGCAGGCUUGGUAAUGGACAGAACCGCAUGGCCAAGACCAGAGAACAAGAAGCGUUAUGCUAUUGUCAACAGCUUCGGUGCUCAUGGUGGAAAUACCACAAUAUUGCUCGAAGAUGCACCCCGCAAGCCCGUGAUUGCUGCGAAAUCCCAAACUGCAUAUGCAAUUGCCCUUUCUGCCAAAAGUAAGGUGUCGCUUCGGAAGAAUAUCAAGGCUCUUCUCAAGUUCAUGGAUGUUCACCCUGAAGUAAGUCUCGGAGAUUUAUCCUACACAACAUGUGCUCGUCGGAUGCACCAUGGAACCCGCAUUGCAACAUCUAUCACGAGCAAAGCCCAACUCCGAAGCUUCCUAGAGUCGUCUACGGAAGGAGUCGACAGCUUACGGCCCAUUCCAGUCACGGCCCCCACCGUUGCUUUUGCUUUUACGGGACAAGGUGCUUUUUAUCAAGGGAUGGGUGCCCAGCUGUUUAGGGAUUUCCCAUUCUUCCGUGACCAUGUCAUUCAGCUAGAUCGGUUAUGCCAGCAUCUGGGUUUCCCGCGUGUUGUUCCAGCAAUUGAAGACAAGCAGGAAAGUCAUGAUGUUUCUUCAAUAGUUACCCAGCUCACGAUUUUGGUGCUUGAAAUCGCACUGGUCAAAUUCUGGGAGCUGCUGGGUAUUCGACCUUCCAUCGUCAUUGGCCACAGUCUAGGCGAAUAUGCUGCAUUGGUCGCUGCAGGAGUUAUAUCAGCCGCAGAUGCAAUUUAUCUUGUUGGCCGACGCGCAGAGCUCUUGGUAGCUACCUGUAAGCCUGGAAGCCAUGUCAUGCUGUCUGUUCGUUCAGGCAUUGAUAUGAUUCAAAAACUCGCGGGCGAUCAUGUUUACGCUUAUGAGGUUUCAUGCCUGAACGAUCACAACUCGACUGUCAUUAGUGGCAUGCGAGAGGAGAUCGAGGCCAUUCAAUCAGUCUUGGAGGCCAGCGACAUCAAAUGCAUGCAACUGGAUCUCCCAUAUGCGUUCCACUCUGCUCAGAUUGAUCCUAUUCUUGAGGAAUUUGAGAACAUCGCCAAGCACAUCACGUUCCACCCACCUCAGCUGCCCAUCAUCUCGCCGCUGCUUGCGAAAUGCGUUUUCGACAGCAACACAGUGGACGCAAGGUACCUUUCCCGAGCAUCUCGCGAAAAGGUCAAUUAUAUUGGCGCCCUUGAUGCCGCCCGCGAGCUUGGAAUUACCGAAAAGUCGGUUUGGCUGGAGAUUGGCCCACACCCAUUGUCAGCCUCUUUUGUCCGAGCCCAUGACUCGGGCGCAAAUGUUGUCGAGUCCUUGCGUCGAAGUGAAGACAAUAAUGUCACCUUGACCAGGACCAUGGCGAAGAUGCACUGUGAAGGACUCCCUGUGUGUUGGAAUGAAUAUUUCAAGCCAAACGAACACGCAUACAACGUCUUGAGGCUGAGCGCAUAUCAGUGGAAUGACAAAAACCACUGGAUUCAGUACGAAGGGACAUGGGCUCUCGACAAGGCUAUUCCUAACGGAGGACAGAAAGCAAGACCAACUGGGCAGCCUCUCAACAGUGCGUCUGUGCAACAAAUUGUUUCGCAGAAGAUUUCUGAUUCAAAUGUUGAGGUCGUCGCUGUCACUGAUGUGAAAAGGUCUGAUAUUUUGGAUGCCGUUCUUGGUCACACUAUUAAUGGUGUUGGAGUAGUUACUGCUGUGAGUUUUAUUCUGCCUUUUCAACGAAUAUUAACCAUACUGACCCGUUCGGAACAGUCAAUUUGGACAGACAUGGCCUUGACACUAGGCUCAUACCUGUACAAAAAAGAUUCUUCUUCGAAAGAAGACCCUCUAAUGAAUGUCACGAAUAUGAGCGUCCAACACGCCCAAAAGAUCAAACAAGAAGCUGUCGGACCCCAGCUUCUCCACAUCGAAGCGACCCUUGAUCGAGCCACCUCCACCGCAGAGAUUGCGUGGUACAACCUGUCCACCGAUGGCCAACGAUCGAAAGAAUCGUUUGCUACUGCAACAAUCAUUUACGAGAGCUCCACCAGGUGGAAAAAGGAAUGGCACCGUCAAAGCCACCUCCUAAACUCUCGCAUCAACUCUCUGCAGAAAAUGGCCUCAACAGGAACAGCCAAUCGACUUUCAACAAGUAUGAUUUACAACCUGUUCCGCAAUAUCGUGGACUACAGCCCGCGCUACCAAGGGAUGCAGUCCGUUGUGCUAAAUCAGUAUGAGGCCUGUGCGGAGAUCGUCCUAUCAGCGGAUAAACACGGGGAAUGGCACACUCCACCCCACUGGAUCGACAGUCUCUUCCAAUUGGCUGGAUUUGUUAUGAAUGGAAGCGACGCGACAAAUACGAAGGAAUUCGUGUACCUGACGCCCGGAUGGACCGACUUGCGUUGCAUUGAGAAGUUCGAGGCUGGCGUUAAGUACCAAAGUUAUGUUCGCAUGGUCCCUGAUGAAAGCGAUCCGAACACUUUCCUCGGAGAUUUGUACGUGCUUCGUGGGGAGCAGAUCGUGGGAAUGCUGGGUGAGAUCAAGUUUAGGCGCAUGCCGAGGGCUGUUAUGGGCACUUUAUUCAAUGCUCAUGCUGCUGCUACUGGUAGGAAUGCUUCACCCGAAAAAGCAUGUGCACUCCAGCCUGCAUCUCCAUCCGUCCCUCGGUCAGCCAUGCGUCUGGCGGUUGAAAAGUCUAAAUCUAAGAUUUCUCCCGCUCCUGUCCCAGAAGCAACAAUGAUAACAGUGCCGCCACCAGCACCAUCUAGCGCCUCCACUGCGACGAAUGAUGAACCUUCUAUUAUUACCGACUGCGUCAAAUUGAUUGCUCAAGAGGCGGGGUAUCCAAUCUCUCAUCUAACCGAUGAAUCCUCUUUUGCGGAGCUUGGUGUCGACUCACUCAUGUCUCUUGUCUUGUCGGAGAAAUUCCGCAGUGAAUUGGGACUGGAAGUCAAGAGCUCUUUGUUUUUGGAGUGUCCUACUGUGAAGGAGUUCAAGAAUUGGCUGAAAGAGUAUUGCUAA